CUACAACUCAUUUUAAUCACCACAACCUUCAUCAAUUAAUCUUUAUUACAAUACUCUAACCGGAGCUUAGUAAUUAAGAAUGGCUUCUUCUUUUCCUUCCAUGUUCGUAGUAAUACUAUCUCUUCUCCUUGUGUUCUUCUCUGGCAGUUCUCGUGCUCAACUAUCCACUACUUACUACUCCAAAACUUGUCCUAAUGUCCUUACUAAAGUGAAAUCUGCCGUUCAGUCUGCAAUAUCAAAAGAAAAGCGAGCUGGCGCUGCGCUCCUUCGCUUACAUUUCCAUGACUGCUUUGUUAAUGGAUGUGAUGGAUCAGUAUUACUUGACGACACUUCAAGUUUCACGGGUGAGAAGAACGCAAACCCUAAUAAGAAUUCUGCGAGAGGAUUCGAUGUGGUGGAUGACAUAAAAACAGAAGUUGAGAAAGCUUGCCCCGGGGUUGUUUCAUGUGCUGAUAUCUUAGCCAUUGCAGCUCGAGACUCCGUAACCAUUCUUGGAGGACGUAGUUGGAAUGUAAAACUUGGAAGACGAGAUGCAACAACUGCUAGCCAGUCUGCUGCGAAUAAUGGAAUUCCUCAACCAACUUCAAGCCUUAGUACUCUUAUUUCAGACUUCUCAAAUGUUGGUCUAUCUACUAAAGACAUGAUUGCUUUAUCUGGUGCACAUACAAUUGGACAAGCAAGGUGUACAAGUUUCAGAGCAAGAAUAUACAAUGAAACAAACAUAGAUAGUUCAUUCGCAACAACAAGGAAAAACAAUUGUCCAAGUGGAUCAUCAGGAGAUGAUAACUUUGCACCUUUGGAUGUCCAAACACCAACAACCUUCGACAAUAAUUAUUUCAAAAAUCUUGUUGACAAGAAAGGUAUUCUUCAUUCCGAUCAAGUAUUAUUCGAUGGUGGAUCUACAGAUUCACAAGUACGUACUUAUAGUAACAAUCCAAGCACAUUUAGUGCUGAUUUUGCCGCUGCUAUGAUUAAGAUGGGUGAUAUUAGUCCACUUACUGGUUCUAAUGGAGAGAUUAGAAAGAAUUGCAGGAAAGCUAAUUAAAUGACUAUUAGAAAUCUCUCUAUUUUGAACCAUUGGGUUUACGCAAAAUAUUUUCUUCUUCUUUCGAGCAUAAAUAAUUGUGGAUUGUAUUAGUUGAUUUUGUGGUUUUUAUGUUUAAUUUUGCUCUAAAAUUCAAGAAAGUAAUGAAAAGCUUGUGCGAAAGUCACGUUAUAGUCAUAUGUUUAAGUGUCUUUGAAUUAAUUGUAUUUUGAAAUUCCUU